CUGCCGUCGUGUUAGCAGGAAUGGAACGUGUCCUCAGUGUGAGGGAAGGAGCUGCUGAGAGGAGAUGAGAGGAUACAGAGGAAUCAAGUACACGCUGUUCGUCUGCUGCUACGUCUUCUGGGUGGUUAGCUCCGCCCUCAUCGCCGUGGGGAUCUACGCCAAGAUCGCCAAGGAGAAAGAUGUGGUCGACACUCUCACAGCAGAUCCAGCUCUGCUCCUGAUCGUCGUUGGCUCUGUGACGUUCCUCAUCACGUUCCUCGGGUGUUGUGGGUCCUUGCGUAACGCCACCUGUCUGCUGAAGACGUUCCUGGGGAUCCUGGUGGUCAUCCUGCUCCUGCAGAUCGCCGCUGGAGUCGUGGGAUACAGCUUCACUGACAUGGUGAUGGAGAGGACGGAGAGGCUGAUGAUGAAGGCCGUCGUCAGAUACAGGGACGACAGCGACCUGGAGAACGCCAUCGACUUCAUCCAGAAGAAGUUUCAGUGCUGUGGCGUGGAGGGCUACACGGACUGGUCCCGCAACGUCUACUUCGAGUGUUCGGACUCGAACCCCAGCCUGGAGGCCUGUGGAGUUCCUUUCUCCUGCUGCAUCCUCCUGCAGAACCAGACGAUCCUGAACACCAUGUGUGGUUACGAGAAGCAGAAGGAGGAGGAGCCUGUUGCCGCUCAGGACGUUUUCACCAUCGGCUGUUUAGAGAAAAUCGUCUGGUGGACCCAGAAGAACCUGCUGCUGGUGGCCGGUCUGACUGCUGGUCUGCUGCUGCUCGAGGUCUGCAUGAUCGGUCUCGCUGCUGCUCAGACCUCCUGGAUCAAGAAAGCCAGAGGGCGGCAGAGAGAGAGCGCAGCGAGGAGCCGCUCGGAGAGGAAGGAAAGUCUCUGGUUUCCUGCGUUCGCAAACUUCGACGAGGACGAGUAGAGUCAAGUUGUGACGGAUGUGGAUUUGUUGUGGUGACGGAUCAAUAAUCAAUAGAAACAUGUUUAAUGAGGACAUCAGAAUGUGGACGGAGCGUUUACACUGUGAAUCUGAGGCUCCACAUAUCAGCAGGAUGAUCUACCUCAUGUGAAAUCCUCUUUAUGUCUUUAUGUCACAUCACUUAUUAGAAUAAGUUUUUAUAUCAUUAGCACUCAAACGACUUUUACUUGUUGCUUAUAAAAUAUAUAUUUUUAUAUUUCAAAAAUCUGUUGUAGAGGAAUGUAAUGUGAACAACAACAUAUGUGUAUUUUCUAUAUUCAAGCUUUGUUCUCUUGGUGAAUUCACUUCCUCUUGGAACUGUGAAAUCUUUAUUCCUGAUUUAAACAAUAAAACCUGGUGACUUCCUGUUCUGCUGGUGA